GUGACCCCAUUGCUGGGACAGUCAUGGGUAUCCCAGUAAUGGAGGAGGCGUACAGAGGAGAGGACCAGGACAGAUGUGCUGCUGAAAGGCACCGGGUAGUAAUUUGUCUUGCGACCAGACUUAUGGACACCAGUGGGUUAAUUCUGAAUGCUACCGGCACCGGAGACUUGCUGCUGACAAUCGUUGGUGUUGGCAGAGCCUGCGCUGCAGCGGGUGCUUGGCAGAGACAGUGGAGCCGGGCGCAGCUGCCAGAACCUCCAAUAUGGCUGCACCCAGGGAACUUCCUGUUUUGGUCCGGUCGGCAAAGUCUUCCCCUGUGCAACACAGGGCAGCUCUUUGGUUCCUCCUCGCUGUGCUGAAGAGGCGUCACCGCUGGGGACUGACAGGGCGGAGCUGUGACCGCUUGUACAUGCGGGAAACACCAGACCAAUUAACCCGUUUCAGGAAUUCAGGUCAUUUUAUCAAGGCUUCAGAAAUAACAACAAGGUGGAGUCGGACACAUGUACCGGCUUCAUGGGCUUGAAAGAUGACUUUGGCCAUAGCUUUGGGCGCCUCUAUACAGAGACCAGUGAUACACACUUAAGUGCAAUUGUUCCGUGGACUAUUCUGCGGAAGCCAACCAUGGAUAAAGUUAAUUCCAGGAAGGAUGAUUCAGACAAAGAUACCUCUGAGGAGACCUGCAGCUCCAGUUGUGACUCAGAAGAAAGCACAAAUUCUGACAAUGAGUCCGAGCUGUCGAGAAGACUUGUAGCCGAACCUUGUCGGGUGACCAAGAAGCACAGGCAGCUCUGUCGUUCUCCUUGCAUCGAGCCAUACAUACUAAAAAGAAAUGAGAUUCUAGAAGAUCUUAAAAGUGAACAUGACCAAACAGACUCUAAGGAGAUAAAGAAGCCACCAGAUGAAGUAAAGGAAUACCAAACUAAACUGGACUUUGCACUUAAGUUGGGUUACUCGGAAGAGCAGGUUCUUCUUGUCCUCAACAAGCUUGGUACAAAUGCUUUAAUCAAUGACAUUUUGGGGGAACUUGUUAAGCUUGGCAGCAAGAGCGAGCCAGAGCAAAAUGGCGGCUUGAGUAACUCAGCUGUACGGGAAGCAUCUUCCUUUGAAUCGCAAAGACCCGAAUCUCCAUUUCAUCAGGAGGGAAUAGAUGACAGUGAAAACUUAAGGCCUAUCGUCAUUGAUGGGAGCAAUGUUGCUAUGAGCCAUGGAAAUAAAGAAGUAUUUUCUUGCCGCGGGAUCAAGCUCGCUGUCAGCUGGUUCCAGGACAGAGGACAUAAGGAUAUUACAGUGUUUGUACCAGCCUGGCGAAAGGAACAGUCACGACCCGAUGCUCUUAUUACUGAUCAAGAAAUCUUACGGAAGCUGGAGAAGGACAAGACCUUGGUGUUCACCCCGUCUCGGCGUGUGCAGGGCAGGAGAGUGGUCUGCUAUGAUGAUCGCUUUAUAGUGAAGUUGGCCUUCGAGUCAGACGGCAUUAUAGUGUCGAAUGAUAACUACAGGGAUCUGGCAAAUGAGAAGCCCGAGUGGAAGAAAUUCAUUGACGAAAGGCUGCUCAUGUAUUCAUUCGUCAACGACAAAUUCAUGCCACCUGAUGAUCCUUUAGGCCGUCAUGGACCAAGCCUGGACAACUUUUUAAGAAAGAAGCCUGUUGUGCCUGAGUACAAGAAGCAGCCGUGUCCUUAUGGAAAGAAAUGCACCUACGGGCAUAAGUGCAAAUAUUACCACCCAGAAAGAGGAAACCAGCCUCAGCGGUCAGUAGCAGAUGAACUUCGUGCCAUGUCUCGGAACAACAUUACCAAGUCUGCCAUUGAAGUUGGGCUAGUGAAGAGCAACAGUGUUCCAUCAAAUACCAAGAUAGACACCAACUCAGAUUUAAAGCGCUCAACUCCAAAGAGGCAAUCAGACCCAAGUAUUAGAACUCAGGCUUAUGACAUGGAGGAGAAGCUUCCCUCCAAAAACAAGUUGGAAACCAGGUCUGUGCCGUCCCUAGUUAGUAUAUCAAGUAUGAAACCCCAAAGUACAACGCCAUCUAGAAGCUUACUGUCUACUGUGCAUUUACCAUCUCAGGACCAAGUACCACCCGGACUCUACUCUCCAAUGCUGAUGUCCACAAAGAACCAUGGGACAAUGUCAUGUGAACAGUAUCCCAAAUGUGAAUCCCCAGUGGAUAUUGGAUAUUAUUCCAUGAUGAAUGCUUACUCAAAUCUGAGCAUCUCUGGAACCCGGAGUCCAGAAAGGCGUUUUUCUUUGGAUACGGAUUACAGGAUAAGUUCUGUGGCAUCUGACUGCAGUAGUGAUGGUAGCUUGAGCUGUGGGAGUAGUGAUUCCUAUGCUGGAUAUAAUGACCGUUCUUAUGUUAGCUCGCCUGAUCCACAACUGGAAGAUAACAUGAAGUGCCAACACAUGCAUCCACACAAUCGCUCAAGCUCUCAAGCAUUCAUGCAAGGUUACCAUGACCCUUUGACAAGGGUUCAAAGUUUUGGCCAUGACCAAGAAGUGAAGCACCACCACAAGACGCUACCACCUUACAUGUCUUUGCCUCUGCAGCACCAUGCUGUUGCAGCUCGGUCAAGUUGCCCGAAUGACUACCAUGUGACCCAAAAAUCCCCUGUAUCAAAGAACGGAAUCAUGGGAAGAUCUCUAGUGUCUACAAGAAUGGAAAGCAUCUCUGAUUCAAGGCUGUACGAAAGCCCACCACAGCGUCAACGCAAAACCUAUUUAAGUCAUGAGAGUCCUAGAAGCUGGGACCGAGUGAAUUACGGGGAUGCUUAUGGUUAUCGACCAAACUAUCCAAUGCAGGGUAACCCAUCCCAACCGUGUUAUGAGCAAUUUGCUUUCCAAAGCCCACCAGAAACCCAAGAUCCCUCUUGGAGGGUACCCUAUUGUGGAAUCCCUCAGGAACCCCAAAGAUUUUCAAAUACCAGAGAAAAGAUUUUUGUGAACUUGUGCAACAUCUUUCCAGCAGAACUUGUGCGAAUAGUUAUGAAAAGAAAUCCGCACGUCACUGACGCCCAACAGCUCGCGGCAGCAAUUUUGUUGGAAAAAUCCCAGUGUGGAUAUUGAAGAUAAUAACAAAAAAAAAACUAUACACCUUUUGCGGUGUGAAGUUUAUUUCUUUUGUUCAGCUAAUGCUGAAGGAGGUUUGCUACAAUAGCAUUUGUAAUCUCCUUCUCAGCAAGGGGGUUAUAUAGUAAAUCAUGUAUGUUUUAUUACUGAGCCAUGCAUCUCCAAUGUACACCUGUAUGCUCACAUUUAAGCAGUGCUCAAGUAUUGUAUUGAGGUGUGAUCGCUCAGUUACAGCACAGGGUUAUAUUGCAUUUGUACUACUAGCAAAGGCUGUUUUUUUUAUUUUAAUUUAAUUUUUUUGUAGUUGCCUUGACACAUUACAGGCAGCCUUGGGCUUGGGCCAAACAUUAAUUUUAUAAGCAUAGAUAUUUUAUUUAUAUUUUGAUAUUUUUGAUGCAUCAGGGGUUUUCAGAGAAGCACUUUUGAUUCUUCUCAUUUCCUAUUGAACCAGCUUAAAGCACCCCUCCCUUUUCUGACUUAGGCCUCAUGCACAUGUAUUACGGAGCAUUAGGGCCUCCAUGUGCCAUCAGUACUGUGCCAUAUCACAGAGAUAUUCUUUGUUCCUCUGUUAGCGAAUUUCUCCUUAAGGCUAUGUGCACACACAAACAAAAAGUUUUACGUCUCAAAAAACGACCAGAAAAGUAUAUUUGUUUACCAAUCCAUUCCAUUGUAUUUAAUGAGAAAAUGUCAGUUUACAUUUAGUUCAAUUCUACAUUCGUAAUUGUUACAGACAUGAAAUUUAGUGCCACAGAUUUCUA